CUUCCGAGUGUUAGACAUAGCAGCUUUUAACGGGUUAGUGAAGGAACACGAAAGGCGUCGGAACAUAAAUACAUACAUUUCAUCACAUUUAUGUGAAAAUGGGGGCUUGCUUGGCUUUGUGCUCUUUAGCCAGCUGUGCCUCAUGUCUGUGUGGCUCAGCACCAUGUCUUUUGUGUGGUUGCUGUCCCUCUUCAAAUAACUCCACCAUCACCCGCUUGGUUUUCUCCUUCUUCUUGCUGAUGGGAACCUUUGUGUCUGUCAUCAUGAUCCUUCCUGGAAUGGAAACGCAGCUUCGCAAGAUCCCAGGAUUUUGCAAGGGCGGAACUUCAAUACCUGGUAUUGAAAACCAGGUUGACUGUAAUGUCAUCGUGGGGUACAAGUCUGUGUAUCGAAUGUGCUUUGCCAUGACCUGCUUCUUCUUUCUAUUCUGUGCCAUCAUGAUUCGUGUCCGUAGCAGUAAAGACCCACGUGCAGCUAUUCAAAAUGGGUUCUGGUUCUUUAAGUUUCUGAUCCUGGUCGGGAUUACAGUGGGAGCCUUUUUCAUCCCUGAUGGGACAUUUCACGAUGUGUGGUUUUACUUCGGAUUGGUGGGAUCCUUUAUCUUCAUUAUAAUCCAACUCAUACUCCUCAUUGACUUUGCCCACUCCUGGAACAAAGCCUGGGUAGAAAAUGCUGAAAAUGGGAACAAAUGCUGGUUUGCAGGGCUGCUGUCUUUCACUGUCCUCCACUAUGCACUGGCUAUCGCUGCUGUGGUGCUUUUCUACAUUUACUAUACAAUGCCAGAUAACUGCACAGAGCACAAAGUCUUCAUCAGCCUCAACCUUAUCUUCUGCGUCAUCGUCUCCAUUGUUUCCAUCUUACCAAAGAUACAGGCAGCUCAACCGUACUCUGGUCUGCUUCAGGCUUCUAUUAUUUCCCUCUACACCAUGUAUGUCACCUGGUCUGCGAUGACCAACAAUCCCAAUCGUAAGUGUAACCCCAGCCUGUUGAGUCUAGUGUCAAACGUCAACACCACUCAACCGUCUGGUGGCAGCCCUACAGGACAGGUGCAGUGGUGGGAUGCUCAGGGCAUUGUGGGAUUGAUCAUCUUCCUCUUUUGUACUCUCUAUGCCAGUAUCCGUUCAUCCAGCAACACCCAGGUAAACAAGCUGAUGCAGACAGAGGAGGGCGGAGGGUCAGGUGGAGAGGGUGUGGUUGGAGAGGAUGGUAUCCGCAGGGCUGUUGACAAUGAAGAGGAGAGUGUCACUUACAACUACUCCUUUUUCCAUUUCCACCUCUGUCUGGCCUCUUUGUACAUCAUGAUGACUCUUACCAACUGGUACAAACCAGAAACCAACACCCAGGUCAUGCAGAGCACUAUGCCAGCUGUUUGGGUGAAGAUGAGUUCCAGCUGGCUGGGCCUCGGGCUUUACCUUUGGACCCUCAUUGCCCCUCUUAUUUUCCCUGACAGGGAUUUCAGCUGAGCGUACAUCAUCUUUCACUUAUAUUUGAUUAUUUGUUUUCUGUUUUUUGGCGGCUGGUGAAGUCAAGUUGCUAAGAAGGAAAGAAUGUUAUUAAGAAUUUUCAUUUCUUGACAUUUCUGUUUUGUUUUUACAUUUGUAUGUGUUGUUAUUGUGUUUGUGUUGGUUUACACCUCUUGGUUGGCUUAUUUGGUGUUAUAAUUACUACAGAUAUUGUUUAAGAAGAUUUUAAAUGUUUGGUAAGUUUAUAGAGUCUUUACUUACCCAUGGGAAUUUUUCAUUUUCCAGUGACUCACAUUAAUAGGCUUGCCCCCUACCUUCUGUAGUGUGAGCAUAUAAGCAUUUUAAAUUCCAUAACAACGACUCAGCAACAAGGCACUUUCUCAAUACCUCAGACAUUUCAGUUAGAUUCCCUUUUAAAGGUCUUUCAGAUCAGAGCUCUCUGAUUGGCUCAAUCUGGAAUACCCCUGAUUAGCUGUACUCCUUUACUGCAGGGGGCACCGAGGAGAGCCCUGAUCGGGAGCCUCAGAAUGAGGUGACUGUUAAAACUAGAUAAGACUAAUAUGGCACGCCCUUCAGAUCAUAACAGGGCUUCCCCGCAGCUACUAGGCUGCAAGCAAAUCCAUGUAAUUGCACCUUGAGCAAGAGUGUCCUAAUACAGUGGUCCCCAAUCUUUUUUGCGCCACGGACCGGUUUAUGCCUGACAUUAUUUUCACGGACCGGCCUUUAAGGUGUCGCGGAUAAAUACAACAAAAUAAAACUAGUACCGUUACCGAAAAAAAGAUUUAUUC